UGGGAUCGUUGGGAUGGUUAGGUUAGGUUAGUAUUCAGUGGUAUACAGUAGUUGGUAAUUGUGUUUGUUGUUGGUUAAUGAAAGCGGAAAAUGUUGCUUGGAGAUGAUUCAGAUUCUGAGGUUAAACUCGAAAUUAAUAAGAAUUAUGCAGGCCGCUAUAAUUCAUGGAGGCAUAAAGAAGAAUUGCAAAAGUUGAAAGAUCGAUAUGGAGAAGAGUUAGCGAAGGAUGCAUAUAAGUCCAAUGAUGAUUCCAGUUCAUCUGAAGAAGAUGAAUAUGCAGAACAUCUUACACAGCAAUUAGAAAAAGAUUUCUUUAAAACUUUAUCUUGUUUGAAGAAAAGAGAUCCUUCUAUAUAUGAUGAGAAAGUUUCUUUCUUUGCUGAUAAUAAUUUGACAAAAUCACGAGGAAGAAAUGUUGAUGCAAAGAAAAGUGACAAGAGACCCCUGUUCCUGAGAGACUAUGAAAGGAAGCUUAUAGUAGAGCGAGAAGGCCAGCUUAGUGAAGAAGGUGAAGGCAGUGAGUGCAAUGCAAGCUUACGUCCACAAUCACCAACAAUAGCUGAAGAGCAAAAUCUCAUUAAGGAAAGUUUGAAGGAUGCACUGAAGGAUUCUGAUGAUGACAAUGACGGGGAAAUGUGGGGAGGACUUUUUCAGAAGCGACACAAGACGCAGGCAGAUGUGGAAAAAGAAGAGGAAGAUUACAAGGAAUGGCUGAAAGGACAGAGAGAAGAACUCUCAGACAAAAAAACAGAAUCAGAGCUUAAAUACUUGCAUGAUUAUUGGAAUAACCCAAGCCUUAAUUCUCAAGAAUUGUUUCUUAAAGAUUAUAUUCUCAACAAAAGGUUUCUUGAGGCCAGUGAAGAUGAUGACUACGUACCAACAUAUGAUGAAAUUGUCCAUGACUCUGAUGAAAAUCUUUCUGAAGAUGAGAAGACCAUUGAGAAGCAAGAGGAAUUUGAACACAAGUUCAAUUUUCGCUUUGAAGAACCAGACAAAGAGUUUGUGAAGCGAUAUCCUCGAACAAUGGCAAAUUCCCUGCGUAAAUGUGAUGACAGACGGAAAAAGAAACGACGUGAAGUAAAAGAAAGAAAGGAAGCUGAAGAAGCUAGAAAAAGAGAGGAGUUAAAGAGGCUGAAAGCGUUGAAAAGGAAAGAAAUAAUGGAAAAGAUAGAAAAGUUGAAACAAAUCACAGGCAAUGAUGAAGUUGGUUUCAAGGAUGAAGAUUUGGAAGGAGAUUUUGAUCCACAUGAGCAUGAUAAACGUAUGAGGCAGAUAUUUAACUGUGAGUACUAUAAUGGAGAUGAACGCGAGAAGCCUGAGUUUCCUGAAUUAGAUGAAGAGUUAGAAAUAGAAAACUGGGAUGCAUGGAAUGGAAGAAACAAUGAGAUGGAGAGCCAGCAGAAUGAAUAUGAACCACAUUGUGAAGAUCCUGAUUUCAAUAUGGACUGUGACUAUAAUCCUGCCAACCAGCUACACAGUGAAUUUAUCCAAGCAGCCAGCAGAAAGAAGAAGGGUAAAAAAAAAGGGAGCAAGUUUGCACAGGUUGUCGCAAACAAAAAACCAGUAUUUGAUUUCAACAGUCAGACAUUUGAUCAGUAUAUUGAUGAAUAUUACAAACUAGAUUUUGAAGACAUCAUUGGAGAUAUGCCUUGUCGAUUUAAAUACAGAAAUGUCAUACCAAACAGUUUUGGACUCUCAAUUGAUGAGAUUCUGAAAGCUGAGGACAAGGAGCUAAAUCAGUGGUGUUCACUUAAGAAAGCUGUCCAGUACCGACCUGAACAUGUUGAGAAAUAUGAUAUUCAUGCAUACAAUAGAAAAUCAAAAAGUGAAAAUUUGAAAAGAAAAAUUUUCAGCAGUCUUUAUUCAGAGGAACUCUCAGAACAGCAAACUGAAAAUGAAGAAACAAAGAGUAAACGUAAGAGGAAACACAAGAAAGAAGUAAAUAGUUGCAGCAGCGAUGAUGUUGAAUUACAUGAUGAUGUUAAGAAGAAAAAUGUAGUGCAUAAUUGCUCCGUGCAGUCAAGUGGAACAGGUGAAGCUGAGGGGCUUAGUGUUGACAAUAAAAAGAGAUUGAUUUCAUCACAUGACAGUAAUGACAUACAGAAUGAGCAGUCUUCAAAUACACAGAAAGAAAAGAAGAAAAAGAAAAGGAAGAUCAGAUCAGAAGAAAGCAAUGAAUUCAGUCAUGUAACACAUGUAGAGACUCUGUCAGUUCCAUUACUGCCUAAGAAACAUAACAGUAAGAACGCUUGUGGGAAAAGAAUUCAGAAGGUUUCUUGGCAGAGUGAUCAGUCUAAAAAACAAGAGAAUCCUGCCAUUUCAGAUGCACGCCUCAGGGCAUAUGGGAUAAACCCUAAGAAGUAUAAAAAUAAAUUGAAAUAUGGGAACAACUGAGCUACAUUUGGUGAUGUCUGAUAUUCGGUUUAAAAGUGAAUGUAUAAAUUCUUUAAAACAGUUACAUUGUCAUGGGAGCUGGCAUAGCACAGUCAGUAUAGUGACUGGCUAUGGGCUGGAUGACCGAGGGGUCGGAGUUUGAGUCCUGGUGGGG